AAUACUCCUAAAAUCCUAAUCAAUUUGUGAUUGAUAUCCUACUUUUAAUUGAAAAAAAUGCCUAUACAUACCAAAUGUUUAUUAAAAAAAUGAUCAGCUAAUCAGAUUGGUCAGUUCAAUUGACUAUCAGUGAUCAAUUGGGUUUUUGCCAUAGAGUAAUCAGUGUGUAUAAAUAAAUGAUUAUGACAUUAAAAAGCAACAAGACAAUUACAUAAUAUUAAAAAAAAAAAAAAGAUAAGAUAGAGAGAGAAAAAAAGAGAAAUGGGAGAGCAAGAAUACUAUCCUCUGUUUGAGACAAAGCAAUCAAAGGGAAGAUUGAUUUACAGAGCAUUUGCAAUCUCUAAAUUUGUAGCAAUUUCUGGAAUAUUGCUUUAUAGAAUUACUAACAAAGAUGAAGAAGCACAGGGAGGAUUGGGUUGGAUGGUGCUGUUUUUAUCAGAAAUUUGGUAUGCAUUUAGCUGGAUACUCACUCAAGUUCUUCGAUGGGAUUGUACCUAUCGUUGUACUUUCAAAGAUAGGCUCUCCAUCAGGUAUGAGAAGGACUUGCCUAAAGUGGACAUAUUUGUAUGCACCGCAGACCCGAUCAUAGAACCACCACUACUGGUUAUCAACACGGUUCUAUCAUUAAUGGCAUACGACUACCCACUAGAAAAGCUCAGCAUCUACUUAUCUGAUGACGGUGGCUCAAUUUUAACAUUUUACGCACUUUAUGAGGCCUUACAUUUCUCAAAGAAUUGGUUACCUUACUGCAAAAAAUAUGAUGUUCAGCCAAGGUCUCCUGCAGCUUAUUUUCGAUCAAUGCCCAAGUCUACUGAUCAUAAUCAUUCUAUUGAUAUGGCUUCUAUCAAGAAAUUAUACGAAGAAAUGUGCAACAACAUUGAGACAGUAACAAACACAGGCACUAUACCAGAAGAAGUACGUGCUCAACACAAAGGAUUUUCCAUAUGGGACGAUAAUUACAUCUCUAAGCGUGACCAUGAUACUAUUCUUCAGAUAUUGAUUGAUGGAAGAAAUAAAGAAGAAAAAGAUGUUGAAGGUUACCAACUGCCUACACUUGUUUACUUGGCUCGCGAGAAAAGGCCUCAACAUCCCCAUAACUUCAAAGCUGGUGCUAUGAAUGCCUUGCUAAGAGUGUCAUCUGAAAUAAGCAAUGGGUCGAUCAUCCUUAAUGUUGAUUGCGACAUGUAUUCAAAUAAUUCACAGUCCAUACGCGAUGCACUUUGUUUCUUCAUGGAUGAGAAGAAGAGCCAUGACAUUGGUUUUGUGCAAUUUCCACAAAAGUUUGAAAACAUUACCAAGAAUGAUCUUUAUGGUUCUGCACUUCUACUAAUUAGUGAAGUAGAAUUUCAUGGUUUGGAUGGCUUAGGAGGUCCCAUGUAUAUUGGCACCGGCUGCUUCCAUCAAAGAGAUAUAUUAUGCGGGAAGAAAUACUCCAAGGAACACAAGACAAUUGAUUAUUGGAAGACCCAAAAUGACUUUAAAGUAGAAGGAACGAUUGAUGAACUGGAAGAGAGAGCCAAAACGCUUGCUAGCUGCACCUAUGAGCUAAACACACAAUGGGGAAAAGAGAUAGGGUUGAAAUAUGGAUGUCCGGUGGAAGAUGUGAUAACGGGGUUAGCAAUCCAAUGUAAAGGAUGGAAAUCGGUGUAUUUCAAUCCCAAAAGAAGCGGAUUCCUAGGCCUCGCAGCUACAACUUUAGAAGAUUCUCUGGUUCAACACAAAAGAUGGUGUGAAGGUGAUCUCCAAGUUAUGUUGACUAAUUGUCCUUUUAAAUAUGGGUACAAGAAGAUCAGCCUAGGUCUUCAAUUGGGUUAUUCUAACUACUGCUUUUGGGCUCUCAAUUCCCUUGCUACCUUGUGUUACUGUACCAUUCCUUCUCUUUACUUGAUCGCAGAUAUUCCCUUAUUUCCUAAGUUAUCAAGCCCAUGGUUUCUUCCAUUUGCCUACACCAUCACUGCCAUAUACACUUACAGUCUAGCAGAAUUCCUACUCUGUGGAGGAACUAUCUUAGGCUGGUGGAAUGAACAAAGAAUGUGGCUCUACAAACGAACAUCGUCAUACCUCUUUGCACUCAUUGACACAAUUAUGAAGUUCCUUGGAUUUUCAGAGAUGAAGUUCGUCAUCACGAGCAAAGUCGCUGAUGAACAAGUGUCUCAACGGUACCUCAACGAGAUAAUGGAAUUUGGAGUCCAUUCUCCUAUGUUCACCAUCUUGGCUUCUAUUGCAUUGAUUAAUUUGUCAUCCUUUUCAGUCUUAAUAAAAAAAAUGUUCGUAGGGGAUGAACAGAGAAAAAAGAUGAUUAUGGAGAAACUAAGCUUACAGAUUUUGUUAUGCGGUGUGUUAGUUUUAAUCAAUUUCCCAUUGUUUAAAGCUAUUUUUAUUAGGAAGGACAAGGGUAAGAUGCCUAAUUCUGUGACAACAAAGGCAGCAGUUGUAUCUAUUAUAAUUGUUCUUUGUUUUAGUCAUUAUCUAGGGUUGUUUAUUUGGCAAGUUUAAUUAGUAUCGGGAUGGAAACUUAAUAAUUGUAAAAGAUGGAAGGUGAUUCUUGGUUUAACACUGAGUUUUGGGGUUUUUAUUAUUUCUGUGUUGUUUUUUUUCAAUUGUAAUGGUGAUAAUAUAUACAUGAGUUCCGAAUAA